CGGGCAGUCGAGGUUGCAGCAGGCAGAGGGAGACGGUGGAAGGUAAAGCAGGGAGGCAGCAUCAUGGCGGACAGAGACAGUGGCAGUGACCACGGAGGGCCCACCGCAGGCCCCGGCUCGCUGCCCCCGGGUGCGAUGGGCGCCAUGUCCCGGCUGCAGCACGACACCGAGGAGCUCGCCUCGAAGCGCGUCGACAUCCAGAACAAGCGCUUCUACCUUGACGUGAAGCAGAAUGUGAAAGGCCGCUUCCUAAAGAUAGCCGAGGUCGGGGCUGGGGGAAACAAGAGCCGCCUCACUCUCUCCAUGUCGGUCGCCGUGGAGUUCCGCGAUUAUCUCGGGGACUUUAUCGAACAUUACGCCCAGCUGGGCCCUACCAACCCCGACAUAGUGCAGGAUGAGCCCCGGCGGGCGCUCAAGAGCGAAUUCCUGGUGCGGGAGAAUCGGAAAUAUUACAUGGAUCUGAAAGAGAACCAGAGGGGGCGGUUCCUAAGGAUCCGACAGACCGUUAAUCGGGGGCCCGGAUUGGGAAGCGCGCAAGGCCAGACCAUCGCUCUGCCGGCGCAGGGUCUCAUCGAGUUCCGCGACGCUUUGGCCAAACUCAUCGAUGACUACGGCGUGGACGAGGAGCCGGCGGAGCUCCCGGAGGGCACCUCGCUCACGGUCGACAACAAGCGCUUCUUCUUUGACGUGGGCUCCAAUAAGUACGGGGUCUUCAUGCGGGUCAGCGAGGUGAAGCCCACGUACCGGAACUCCAUCACGGUUCCGUGCAAAGUGUGGUCCAAAUUCGGCAACACCUUCUGUAAAUACGCGGAGGAGAUGAGGAAGAUCCAGGAGAGGAGUAGAGAGAAACGGGCCUCCGAACUGCUACCUGAGGGCCCGCACGGCGGAGAUGACGGCGACGAUGACUGACGCGGAUUUUAGGAGAGAGAGAGAGCAGAAACGAAACAACAAAGACAAAACUGAACUCUGAGAGACUUUUAACUGUAAAAUAGAAAGAGAAAUUUCCAAGGGAAUCACCCCACACACACAACCUCCACAGACAUGGCAGCACCUCUGCUGUCUCCUCGCUCAUUCUACUGGAUGUCACUUACCACCCAUGUAACAGUAAGCCGCUGCUAUCAAGGAUUGAACUGUAAGAUAUGAACUGUUUCCUACUUGAUUUAAAUGACAAUGAACAGAGUGUUUAUAUCUCUAUCAAACGACAGAUUUUGCACACAUCAAAGCUAUUUCGAAAAAAAUGUUUAAAUGUUUUCAAACUGGUAAUAUACUAAGAUUUAAUCAAAGUAAAAAACCAGAGGUCUAUUAUAUAUAAAAUGACAGUCUUCAUGUAGAACGAAUAUUUGACAUCAGCACAAAGAGAAUAUAUUAUGGACUUUAUGAAACCAAAAUCUGAUACCAGAUGUAUAGUUUAUUAUAAAGGUACGCAGAAUAAAUAUGAAAGCGCUCUAAAAGUGUAUGAAUUGCAGAACGCAGCACUACAGGCCUGUAAACACCUGUCAGCAUGUGUGUAGGCUCAUGUUUUGAAAAAGAAGUUUGGCAAAGUAGGCUAUAGUCUUUAAUUUGACCGAAAAACGUAGUAGGCUAAUGAAAGCAUCUCUAUCAUGCCAUUAUGGAAAGGUUGAGACUCAAAAACAAAUAGCCUAUUUGCCUCAAACAAAUGGGAUAAAUCUAUCUCUGAGCUACUUUAAUGAAUAUCAACCCUCUUGCACCAUGUCCAUAUAAACUUAAAUGAAAAAAGUGCUAACUUAGAUGUACUAAUUAUGAUUUUGUGAAUCAGCUGUAAAAAAAAAUCCUUAUUAAGAUACCCACGUUUUCUGUGGGUUAAAUUUUUUCUUUGUUUCUUUGUUUGUUUUUUUCCUCUGGGGGAGGGGGGUGGGGGAUGCAAAAGGAUAAGGUCCACCUGUGGGAGCGCAAGGCGCGGAAACUAAACUAAAAAAAGACACGUCAGCGCAGCGCGCGGCGAGGCAACGCAUCCUCUCUGACGUCAUUACGACCCGUGCCUUAUACACUCCACUCGUUUACGUGUUCUCACGUGGAUGGUCUGUGACCUCGACCGCUGUACGUUUUCAUUUACGAGUGCUGUUAUGUAGGCCGAAAUAUAUAGUCACCGGGGGUGCGUUAAUUCACACUCCUGUGGUGCAUGGAGCAUGGGUGGCAACACCAAAAGGAUGCUGAAAGGCUGCUGGGAGCUUGGGGGCCGGCAAUGAUAGUGGGCAGAAACAGAGCGGGCCCUUCAGAAAGAUGAGGCGCUGCCGCACACGCACUUUGGUAAUUGGGGGGGGGGGGGCAGUACCCCUGCCCUAGCAGCACCCCUGCCCUGGUGGCCUCUCACAGAGUAGAGAUGUGUCUCCCUGGAAUGACCCAGAAUUUACCACUGGGUGUCAGCACGGAGAUUCAUCUGGAGACGUUACGGGUGGGUUUUGCACACCAUAUGCACCAUGAUGUUAAAAAAGAACAGCAACAACAAAAAAAAAAAAAGUAAGUCAGAAGCGGCUGCAUGAGGCUAUUCGUCAGAGCUGAGAUGGAUGCUGUUAAAGAGCCAGACAGUCAGCCAGCCAGCCGGGCAGGCCAGCCGGCCGAGCCGUGCCGUCAGUGUGAGUGCAGUCCAGUGGAUGUAGAGGCCUAUCAGUGCAGGGCCGAGGCAGUAUCUAUCUCUUUAUGGUGCUACAGCCCCUUGAUCGCUCCUUGGGGGCCUCGCCACUCAGAAUAUGUCACUUUUGCAUUAUUUUUAUUCUGAUGCUCUUUUUUUUUCCUCCUUUUUCUCCACCUUAUGUUGUCCAAAACGUGUCAGGUUUCUCCCUCCCAGGCCGAGAGGAAGCCACCGACUAGUGUAGGACAUUUCAUAUUAGUGUGCAAUAUUGUGUACGUGCCAAUAGCGGCAUUGUAUCACGUGUAUAGACUAUUAAAAAGACGAAAAAAUGUAUAGGCUAUGUGAUCAGUAGAUAUUUGACAGCAUGACGAUGAGGUUGAUGCAUCUGCAUUAUAUUUCCGAAAUGUGAAGUCUCUCUUCUCAAGCACUUGCUCAAAGUGGAAAAAAAAAAAAAAAGUCAGACUAGUAGUGCGAUAUUUUUCCUGUCAUGUUCUGUAAACCAGUAGGCUGCCUUGUCCGUCUAUCAGUGCGCGUAGACUAGUUCGGGUGUUUUACGUCCCCCUACGGAGUCACCCCAGAGAAAAACCCUUUCCCUCCUCGUCCCUCCGCUAACACACACACACACAGCACAGACAGUCAACAACCUCUGGCUGUCUCCAUGUCAGCCUCUCUGCAGUGGCCUACACUGAAGUUGAAUAGUAUCUUGGGUCCAGGGGUGGCUGAAACACUCACACACGCAUGCAGUCUCUCCCUGUCGAGGCCUCUUGUCGCUAUCUGAGUGUUUUGAGAGGCCUCUAAACUAUUUUGAAUGGUGUCUCGAACUGCACAAGGCCUCCUGUCAUUAGCAGCCAGGACGCUGUGUGUUUGGAGCCUGAGUGCGACCCCUCUCUCGCCUGGGACUGCCGAUUCGCAGGACAGGUGAACUACGAUUUGACUUUUGCUUGUCUGCGGUUUCACUCGAGCCAGGCGAUAGUGAUCGGCCGCAGCAGACCCAGAGGACAGAGGAGUUUGUUGUUGUUUUUACAAUGAGGAUCACAAUCCUUCUCUCUUAUGUGGGCAGACUCUGAUCUCAGGUCUGCUCUUCGUUCCCAGCUCAUGAUUCAAAGCGUUAAAAGAAAAAGGCCCUGGCUCGUUGUGCGUGCAGUAAAACUCGUCCAAAUCUCCAAAUAAUACGCUCUGUCAGACACACAGUCCAAUCCUUCCUUUUGACCCCGACGACCUUUAGGCUUACACUAAAGCUCUAGUCAGCUGAAGUACUAUCAGUUUCUCCGUAGAAUCUGACAAAUUCAUUUUACUUAAAACAAAAAAAUUAAGCAAACCAAUUGCUUUAAAAAAUGUAAGAAUA